GUAUACCGCCGUAUAUUCCAACUCAGCUGGCUUAUAGGGUCAUGGUAAUAGACGUUGGAAAUGCAUGUUAGAAAAUAGAAUUUCAUUGCAUAUAUACUGGCUCGAAUCCUGACCCUCUCAGCAGACCUGGUUUCAUGAAAGUGUCAUCGAUUGUACAUUCCCAUGUAUGAAUGCGGGUAAACGGCCAAUAUCAUUUUGCAAGGACGUGUUGGAUAAGUGUGAUUUUGUGAAAAGAGGGCUGCGACGUUAUAAGGCAAAUCAGUCCUGGAUUUCGUCGUUUCAUCAAGAUGCUUGUGAAAGCCCCUAUGUCGUUACACACUUAUUAUUUCACUCACAUCAACACAUCGUAUUUCAUCAAUCUAGGAUGGGAUUGUAUCAAUCAUGGAUUUCGUUUCAUCACAAGCCCAAUGAGGAAAUAAAGUGUCAUAAGAUUGAUUGAAAGGUGGCAUCAGGAAGAAAGAACAUACAAAAGACAAACAAAUGGCGGCUUCUUUGAGACCAUAUUUGGCAGGAUGGAUUUCUGGAGCAGUUGCCAUGACAAUUAUUUUUACCUUUACAGGUCCAGUCUACCUCGGUCAGAGAAUAACUCCAAGGUCAUUGCCUCCAAUCAGGGGUUCCAUCGCGGAUAGAGACGUAGUCGCCACCACCGACAUUGCUGAUGAAGACGUAGAGGGCGCCACCGACAUUGUCCCAAGAAACAAGCGAAUGAUCUUGGCAACAACCAAUUCAGGCUUCCUGCACUUCACCAAGAACUGGCUAGAAAGCCUGAAACGCAGUGGUGUUCAGGACAAAAUUGUCAUCGUGGCCGAAGACGCUGCAUCGUUCAAAGCCAUCAAUGCUUUCACCGACUAUCCAAGCCUCGAGGUCAAACUAGCAGCCGAUGCCAAACAUCACAAAGAAGGUGUUCUGAAGUUCAGCUCCGAUGGCUACCUUAAAUUUGUCAAUAAACGUCCUUCCUAUAUCUCUCACUUCCUCAAGAAAGGAUUUGACGUGCUCUUUUCCGACGUCGACAUCGUUCUUCUCAAGGAUCCUUUCCCACACUUUGACGAUGAUCUCGAUGUCACUCUCCAAAUGGAUGUUUGGAAGAAAGACAAUCACAACCAUUCGGAUGUCUUCUGUGCCGGCUUUGUGUAUUACAGAUCAACGAAUGCCACGAAGGAAUUCCUCAGGCGAUUCAUGGAGCGGAUAGCAGCAGACCCAAAGACCCCUGAUCAAGUGAUCCUUAACAGACUACUUCGGGAAAGGGAUAUCAAAAAAAUGGUGCGGGUUCACCCUAUGAAUGGUGACCUUUUCGUCAGCGGACGAUACUAUUUCGACCCGUCGUGGAGGGCGCUACAUACGGAACAGCAGCCAGUGAUGAUUCACAACAACUGGAUUAAGAACUCAGCCUCAAAAGUUAAACGAUUUAAGGAACUGGGUUUAUGGUAUGCCUAAGCUAUAUCCGUUAA